ACCCCAGAGCCCCACCUAGUUCCUUGUUUCCCCAAACAGUCUCCUCAGUCAAUGCUAGGAAAGAUGCCAAAGAUAAUGAAUGCCCAGAUAAUCUCCCUAAUUGUCUUGAUAAAAGUCACAGGACAAUUGUCCAGAUGUUUUCUCUGCUUCCCAGAUGGACUUUGCCCUCGUAUUCCCCACCUCCUUUCAGCAGGGGCCCCCAUCCUUUCUUUCCACUCAGGCUGGAAUACAGGAGCUUGGGGGGCGUGGGGGACCCCUGUGUGGUGUUCAGGCUGUGAAUCUGGCUGGGCUAGGCUGCUGCCCCUCCCCUCCUUGGGGCCGGGCUCAGGUGCCCUGUGGUGGCUGGUGACUCAGUGUCGUCUCUGGGCUGACCUCAGCUUGGGCCUGGGGGCUGGGGGCACGGGCAGGGGACAGUUUCCUCUGAUACUAGCUGGUGACUCAGGGGCCCAGGGUUGGGGCCUUUCCAUGACUGUUGGCCAGGGCUCAGGAAUCCGGAGGAACUGGUCAUGGGAGGGCCCCAGGGCUGAAGCCCCUCCCUCGGCGCCCGCCCCACCAGCCAUAUAACCGCCCCAUAGGGAGCCUCCUAUCAGAUCAGCGGGGACCUGAGGUGAGCCGGGAGCAAUCGGUCUGCUGGCACUUGCUGCCUCUUGCACCUGAUUCUUGGGGGGACCAGCCUCGGGGCGUGGGUGGCGUCUCUGACCCACACUCGAAGAGGCGUUGGGCUCAUACGGCCUGCAGAGCAGGAUCUCCUGCGUCUUGCCACCCUCCAUCCCCUGGACGGCUGAGCCAUGGCCUCCAUGGGCCUGCAGAUGCUGGGCAUCGCCCUGGCCGUGCUGGGCUGGCUGGGCACCAUCCUGAGCUGCGCGCUGCCCAUGUGGCGGGUGACGGCCUUCAUCGGCAGCAACAUUGUCACGGCGCAGACAAGCUGGGAGGGGCUGUGGAUGAACUGCGUGGUGCAGAGCACGGGGCAGAUGCAGUGCAAGGUGUACGACUCGCUGCUGGCGCUGCCGCAGGACCUGCAGGCCGCCCGCGCGCUCAUCGUCAUCAGCAUCAUCGUGGCCGCCCUGGCUCUGCUGCUGUCGAUCGUGGGGGGCAAAUGCACCAACUGCGUGGAAGACGAGACCACCAAAGCCAAGGUCAUGAUUGUGACAGGCGUGGUGAACCUGCUGGCUGGCCUGCUGGUCAUGGUGCCCGUCUCCUGGACGGCGCACAACGUCAUCCGAGAUUUCUACAACCCCUUAGUGGCAGCCGGGCAGAAGCGGGAGAUGGGGGCCUCGCUGUACAUCGGCUGGGCUGCCUCGGGGCUGCUGCUGCUUGGGGGGGCGCUGCUGUGCUGCAGCUGCCCACCCCGACAGGACAAGCCCUACUCCGCCAAGUACUCGGCCGCCCGCUCUGUCCCGGCCAGCAACUACGUGUGAAGCGCCGCUGCCCCACCGUCCCCUCUUGCACUGCGUGUUUGCUUGGACUGAUGAGCUCGACAGUCGCCUGGGACUCGAACCUCAAGAUGGCCCUGGCUGUGGAAAGCUGUGACUGAGGCCCCGGCACAUCGCCCAAGGCCACCUUGAGCUCUCAAACCAUGGGAGGACGCUCUGCCCAGACGCUCAUUCCAGCUUUUUUAACUUUUGCUGGAGUGCUCCCGGCACACCCAGCACCCUGAGGCGGGUGCUGGGUGGAUCUGAGCUCCGGAUGGUGACUGGCCUGGCUCCCACCCACCCACCUGCCUGGGAAUGGAGCACGGGUGGAUGGACAGGUUUGAGGGAAUAAAAACUGGUCUGGGAGGUGCUGGCGAGGGCAGGGGCUAGGGAAGCCGCCCUGCCGCCCACCCUAUGGCUCAGCCCCUCGGCAGCAGGACCCCAAGGCCCGGAGAUUGUUUCAAGGACACUGGCCAGCAGGGGGAAGAUGGGGGUGCUUUGUGCCCCCCCAGGGACUCUGAGGCUUGGCCUACCCUCUGUCUUCUCGUUCAUUUCUGUUUUGUAAUUUAAGAUCUGUUCAUCACUUUGAUUAUUUUCUACAAUAAAUGGGAUAUAUGCACAGAG